UUUCAAUGGAAAAGAUCACUGUAAAUCACUUUUGUUGUGCAAGAUUUUUCACUUCAAUUAUUUAUGAGAUGUGAAAGAUAAUUUCAUUUACUUUGGAAAUGUUCCAUUAACCAUAUAAGCAACAUAUUGAUUGGUGCUCUUUUUCGUGAUUUCAUAGUCUUGAAUUCAAGGCACACUUGCCACAAGGAAGUGAUUUUCAGUUUUCUUUAAGCACUGAAAUAGACCAAUUUUUCUAUUUAAAAAAAUAUUAAUGAGGUGCAAGGACUCUCUCAGUACUAUAUUGUAAUCUAUUUUUAUUGUUUGAAGUAAAGGGAAACUGCAUUUAUCUCUCUGUCUGUGGAAAUUGCUCUGGUGAAAAGAACAAAGCCAUGUGGAUAAGCCUUCUUUGGCUAAACAUAUAUUUAACCUUUUUUCAUUUUGUUUUGUUUUAUUUUUUUUAUCAUUUUGAAAUAAAUACAGAAAUGAUUUUUAAAAAAGACUGAUCAGAGAAACAGGACUGUUUUCAAAACAGAAGCUGGUCAUAUUCCAGAUCCCUGUUUAUUGAGUGUGUGACAGUUUUGAAAUUUUAUUGCCUUGUGUUUUCUAAUUUCCAUUUCAUGCAAUCUAAUGACCCAGCAGCUGGGUUGGAAUGAAUUAUGUUUUAAUCUUAAGUUUGACAAGGAGGUGUAAAAUUAUUAUGAAAAUCAAAUGUGAUUAUGAUUUUUCACUGUCUGGAUUAUCAAAACGUGAAAAAAAUCUGCUUUCAUGUGUGGCGUGUUCAGGAACCAGUGUUCAUAUUUUGUAUCCUCAAAUUUUGAAAAUUUGUGAAUGACUGCUUGUCAUGGAGUAAGUAUAUUGGAUACAGAGUCAUUUGCCAUGCAUGUGAUACCAGCCAAAUGAAGCUUGAAAUAUAUAUAUUUUAUAGAAUACUUUAAGAUGGGGCCAUGUUGGGAAAGUGGUCUUCUUUCUAUUUUAAGUUGUAUAUAUCAUGACUCAUCAACAUUAUAGAGUAAAUGAUGGUUCAUAUUUUAGUUACAUUUGUUCCUGAUAUUAACAGGUAAGACCAUCUCUUUAUUUACAGCCAAGUCAUGUGACCUCUCAGCAGAGUUCUAAUAUAUAUUGAUUGAUACGGCCAUUGUAAAACUGAUGGAAUGUAGGAUGUAUUCAUAUACAGCUUGUAUAUCAUUGUUGGUGCUUAACUGAUGUGCAUAACUUUUUUUCAUAAACAAUUUUGGAGAUUUGGAGGAAAAUUACAUCUUGUCAUUUUGAUAUCUUGUCUUCUAGCACUUGUUCAAAUACAUCUUUUACACUUCUGUAAAUUCAGAUUUUAAAAAUAAACAGAAAAAAAUAUUACCUUUUCAAAAAAUAUUUUGCUAUGAAAUGAUUGAUUAGGUAUAUUUACAACAGAGAUAUAAGUGAUUGACUUCAUGAUUGUAUUCAAAGGGUCAGAAACUGAAGGCAAGGUAUUAAAAUCAAGAUUGUUUGGGCUAUAAAAGGAAACCUUUGUCAGUGAUAAAAUGUUUUUCUUUGCAGAAAUUGAGUAACCUUGACUUUGUCUCUAAUGUCUAAGCUGAUGGGAAAUGAUUGCUUAAAUUUUCCCAAAUGUUCUUGGCCCUUUGUUCAUGAGGGAUCUUACAAUCUCUUCCUAGUUGCUCAUCCCAAGCUAGGAACCCAAGACAUCACCUAGAAGGGGACACAUGGUCAGCACAGCAGAAGAGAAACACAAAAGUUUGUACAUCGCGUUGACUUGCACAGGAAUUUUUUUCCGAUGGUGUUUGACAAAGGUGUUGAAGCAAUCCCACUGAGUAUAGAAUUGUGGCUACAUUAUAUCAACUUUUACAUAGGAGAAUACACCAGCACAGAACAGGGUGAAUCUGACAUUAGGAAGUUAUAUGAGAGAGCCAUACAAGCAGCAGGCCAUGACUUUCGGUCAGACAAGCUGUGGGAUUCGUACAUUUCCUGGGAGAAGGAUCUAGAGCGUGUGACAAAGCUGUACAUGCGAUUACUGGCUAUACCCACACAACUCUACAGUCAUCACUUUGACAACUUCAAACAGCAUAUUUACAUGCAUAAUCCUAAAGAAAUUUUGAGCCUUGAUGACUUCCUGAAGCUCCGACAAGAUGUUGUUGCCAAGUCUGCAUCCCCUGAUGAGGAAGAUGAAGAUAAUAUAUCUCCUGGAGAUGUAGCCCCUCCUGGGGAAGAGGAUGUGCCCCCGGGUAUGGAGACGGUAGGAGGAAAGGGAGAUGAAGCAGAAAUCAACAAGAUAAAGGAGAGAAUCAUACAGAUUCAAGAGGAAACAUUCAAGAAGACGGAAGAAGAAGUCAGCAAGCGCUGGAAUUAUGAGGAAGCAAUAAAAAGACCAUACUUCCAUGUAAAACCAUUAGAGCGUUCUCAGUUGAAAAACUGGAGGGAGUAUUUGGAUUAUGAAAUGCAGAAUGGGGAUUACAAGAGGGUUGUGACAUUAUUUGAACGUUGCAUGAUUGCAAGUGCUCUCUACGAAGAUUUCUGGAUGAAGUAUGCGAAGUACAUGGAGGACCAUGGAGCAAAUGGUGUGCGCAAUGUCUACACAAGAGCCUGUAAAAUACACCUACCAAAGAAGCCUUACAUCCACCUUGCUUGGGCAGCAUUUGAAGAGCGACAAGAAAACCACUCUGCUGCCUGGGAGAUUCUAGCUAAUCUAGACAAAGCUGUGCCUGGCCUAGUGAUGGUUUCUAUGAGAAGGAUCAGUCUAGAGAGGAGAACUGGAAGUAAGGAAGAUGCUGAGGCUCUGUUCCGUGAAUACAUAGAGAAUGCUUCACAGCCAGAAAUAGGCUCCUACUUCUCAAUAAAGUAUGCUCGUUAUCUCUUCAAGAUUUGUGGAGAGCGAGAACAAGCCAGGAAAGUACUAUCUGAUGCCCUAGAGAAAGACAAGGGUAACCUAAAGUUGUACCUCCAACUUAUUGAUCUGGAGUACCAGAGCUAUCCAGUUGAGGAGGAGAAGAUCACAGAAGUGUUUUCUAUGAUCCUAGAGUGUGAAAAUUUUCCCUUAGAAACCAAAGUUAAGAUGUCACAGAGGAAGCUAGAGUUCCUGGAAGAUUUUGGAGGAACCAUUUCAAAAUUAAAGGAAGCCUAUGAUGAACACCAGAAACUAAUGAAAGAUUUACAUGCUGAGCGCAAAAAGAGGCCACUUGAGCAGUCAGGUCAUUCACAUGAAGAGCCAGCAGAGAAGAGAAGUAAGAAUGAGACGGUGCAGAACGGUGCUGGUGACAUGAGCGUGCCACCUCCGGACAGCGGUCACGCAAACUACCCCUAUCACUGGGGGGGAUAUCAGAACUCUGGAUACAAUUACGGCCCUCAGUGGGGAGGACACUAUGGUGCUGGUUAUCAUCAUGGAUAUCACCACCAGUCCUGACAAACAGCACUACAAACAUACAGCUAGCCCGACAAGGGCAUUCAUAACUCUAGUAGUCCAUACAAACUUUAGUUACUGAGGGAAAAUUUAAUGUGAAGAAGAAAAUGGACUUGGAUGAUUUAGUGUAAUUUGUGGCAAACGGAAAGUGUUAGGAAAGUAAUGCUACAAAACUGAAGGUCGUUGAGGUUGUUUAAUCAUGCAAAUGUAUGGAGACGAUGCAAUAUUCCGGUGAACUUCUGAAAUUUGUUAUCUAGUACUGAUUGAAGGGAUUAACUUAGAGGAUGAAUUAUUUCAAUUCUUUUGUUAUGAUGACAGAUAGGAAUUUCUACAGAACUCUUGGAUUGUACACACUAUUUGUGUGGGGUAUUAUCUUCUAUAUUGUCGCCCACAGUUGCCAAAUUUGUCCUUGGUUGACAGAGUGCUGUUUACAUAAAUCAGGUGAUUUUUCUUAAUAUGAACAUAGUUAUCACCCUUUGUUCAUAGUCAUUUAACAGUGCCCCUAUUUUUUCACCAAAAGGAGGAAACAACUGAACUGUAAUAUCUUUGAAUGUUUUGAAUUAUCACUUACAGUACCACAUACUGGCAUUGGACUAAUGAGUUGCCCUAAUCCUAUAUACAGAACACCACCAAUGUCAUCUGACAGUACCUUUUGUAAUGAAGAAAAAUAUUAUGUAAGCAUUGCUAACAAAUCCUAAUAAUUGCUAAUUAAUCCUUGAUCAAUUAUCUGAAUCUGCUCAACAUAUAUCUUUAGGUUAUGAUUAUCACAGAUGCAUUCUAUAGUUGGAAAAUCAUAAUUUCUCACCGUUUCUUGCAUAUAUAUUGCUCAAUUGUGCCUAGUUUUGUAAAAACAAUGAAGUGGCACAAUCAAUUUAUGUAAUAAAGUAUUAUCAGACAUAAGAUCAUCAAAAUCAAUUUGUGCCAUUUAGUUUGCCAAUGUAGCUUAUUUUUUUAUUCUUUUUUUUUUUUCAUCUUGCACUUAACAUUUGAGACUUUAUGUUUACAAUACAAAGGAGUCUUUAUGUAUUCAGAACAAGAUUUCUUUUUGCAUCCCCGUCCUAAAAUGUUAAUGUACAAGACUUGUCUUCACCCAUAAUUAAACUACAGUCAGAGGUAUUGAAUUUUUUUAUGCUCUUUACUAUCAUUUGACUGUUCAUGCUACCUUUCAUCCAUUGUCAGAUGUCUUUCCUUUAAUAUCAAAUAUAUCAAUUACUCUUGUGGAGUAUUGACCUUUUGUAAAUACAACUUAAAUCAGAAGAAAAAUGUUAUGUAGAGUAGGUAAAACAAUAUUAUGAGAAAUAGACUUUAAAUACUGCAAUGCAAUAGAUGUUUGAUAAAAAAUAUAUCAGCAGCAGUUAUAUAUUGUUUACAUCUCACAUCAAACAGAUAUCAACAGAUGAAGGUAAAGUAUUAAGUAUUUACAAGCUGGGAAUGCUUCCAAAUCUCAUUAUCUUCAUAGCCAUGCUAAACAGUACUUUUUCAAGAAAAGUGUAAGAGAUGAAAACUUGGUGAAAGAAAGACAUUCUUAAGUGCAGGGCAUCCAACUACAGUAUUGAUUACGUCCGUAAAUAUUGAUGGCUUAGUUUUAUAUUGAUCCAGGAUAAUGAAUUACUGGUCCAUGAUUAAGAUAUCUCGUCAGUCUUUAAUGAAAUUAGUUUUCGUGUGUAUGGUUUGGGGAUCAGAAUUUAUAAUGUUACGUUGUACAAGUACAACAAUUUGUUGAUGUUACUGAAAGAGUUGGAUUUUGAUUAUUGUACUAAAUAUUGAAUAAAUUCAACUAAUUUAA